AUGGACGACCUACAUCUAGUCAGUCGCCCCGUGUUCCGGGAAAACAUCGACUACAUGACAAAACGACAUAUUCUGCCCCUCCAGCUCCAUGUGUGCUGGAAAGAAAACAACCUGACCAAGGUGAAAAGUGCCAGCGACGACAUUUCCUGGCAGAUCCCCUCGACAAACUCAAAAAGACUAGAAAACAUCUCCUGGAGGCGCUGGUACAAGGAUUUGCUUUGUUUGGGCGAAGUUGCCCCCUCAGAAAUCAACUGGGACAAGUGCCACGACAUCACAUGGCUCUACGGGCCCAAGGACAUUGUGGAAGGAGAGUUCAGCAUCAAAGAGGCCACGCGUGAGGAGUUUUGCAAAAAAGACACGUCCUCGUGUGUGUUUGACAGCGACAACGAGCUGGUUUCGUCGGUGCAGCUGGGAGCGUCGCUGAUGACGUUUGAGCUGGAGGACGAGGACUCAGAGCAGGAGGAGGAGUCAGACGAGGAAGAAGACGAGCAGGUGUUUGAGCUCAGGCUGGCGCUCCGCACCGCCCACGCCCACAGCUCGCCUCGGCCCCGCCGCCUGGUGAAGUUCAACUACAUUGUCAACUCGCGGGAGUUUGUCAACGGCAUGUCGUUUGACUACGACUUUUUGGACCCCUCGAUUCUUUAG